CCAGAAGCAGCCUAAAAGAACUACACGGCGUUAUCUGAUCCAGAUAACAUAUUAGUGAUUUCUUUUACAAACCAUUACUCCCAUUAUGUUGCAUUGUGCAGUCUUACAGUGCAACACGCAGCUCUGAACUAAUGAAUCUCUCCACUUGCUUCAAAGAGGAUUACUGUUCCUUCUGCUUGGCUUAGUUACCUCAAAUUAGGAUAAGGGCAAGGAGAGCUCUGCUGUCUGCAGCAGCCAUCUGUCUGCCAAGUGGACACUGAAGCAGUCGCACCACUGUAAAUGGAGACAAGGCUGGAGUUGGAUGUUUUGAUAUACCCAGAUGAAGUGAGGAUUAUUACUCCAGAGGAACUCAGAGAAUGGGAGCUUGAGACUGCUAGCCAAUUGUCCAUACCCACCGUCCGACUCUUUGUGGCACUUUACCCAUACAACCCUGCUGCGAUGUCUCCCAACUAUGAGACGGCUGCAGAGGAGCUGCCUUUUGUACCAGGCCAGAUCAUCAAGGUGUCUGGAGACAAAGACUCUGAUGGUUUCUAUCAUGGUGAGUCUGGUGGUCUCUCCGGUUAUGUGCCAAGUAACAUGGUGGCUGAAAUCCCAGUGGACGAUGAGUACCUGAAGCAACUACUUAUGCAGCAGGGAUUCCUGCCUGUGGACCACACAGGUAUGUCUUUAACACCAGAUCCAAGCGACAUAGCCAGUAUCCCUGAUGAUGUGGUCGUUCGACGAAUGGUGGCCUUAUUUGACUAUGACCCGUGGGAAAGUUCACCGAACAUGGACAGUGAAGUUGAACUUACCUUUCGUUCAGGAGACAUUAUAUACACGUUAGGUGACAUGGAUGAAGAUGGCUUCUACUAUGGGGAUCUGCACGGACGACGAGGUUUGGUUCCAUCAAACUACCUACAGCCGCUUCCCUGGAAUUAGAAGAAAAGCCCCUGCUAAGAUGUUUGCUACAGAUGCCAAGUCUCAGACACAGUGAGAGCUCAGCAGUUUUUAUUUUACAAAAACAAUAGCUAAAUGGACAUUUUAUGUGUCAAACAAAAUAUAUUUUUUUAUUUUUUUAUGAUAGUACGACACUUUAUGAGCUUUAGAUUUCAAGUUAGUGAGGGCAAAUGCAAAUAAGCAACUAAUGGACCCUAAAUAUUACCAGUGUUGAUCAGGAUGUGAAUGAUUGAAAGCAUUCUCGUCAUACAAAUUUCAGAUAAUUGAUUUAUUGAAAAAGUUCAACAAAAAUCACAAAUCAUUUGGUGAAAAAAGUACAGAAUAUACAUACAUUUUUGAAAUCAAAAACCACAUGAAAGAUUCAUCAGGGAAGAUUUUCAUACUUGUCUGCCUACAUACACUUAGUGUA